CUGCAUUUUCAAGAAAAGGGCAGGCUCUCUUCCUGCUUCUCUGUUCCAUUUCGCUGUUGCCCUGCAACGCAGCGCUCUGCUACCACUUUCCUUCGCUCCCUUUGCUUUUAGACGUUGCCAUUCUUCAGUGUUUCCCUAGUUCUCAUUACUUCCCACUGUCACCAUGUAUCGCUUUGCUUCUAGCCUGGCCUCCAAAGCCCGGAUUGCUAGGAGCAGCAGCCAACAGAUUGGAAGUAGGUUGAGUUGGAGAAGAAACUAUGCGGCCAAGGACAUUAAAUUUGGUGUGGAGGCUCGGGCUUUAAUGCUUAGGGGUGUUGAAGAGCUUGCUGACGCUGUGAGAGUGACGAUGGGUCCUAAGGGGCGUAAUGUGGUGAUUGAACAAAGCUUUGGUGCCCCUAAAGUGACAAAAGAUGGAGUGACUGUUGCAAAGAGCGUUGAGUUCAAGGAUAAAGUAAAGAACAUUGGAGCCAGUCUUGUAAAGCAGGUUGCAAAUGCCACCAAUGACGUAGCUGGUGAUGGAACCACAUGUGCGACUGUCCUCACUCGAGCAAUAUUCACUGAGGGGUGCAAGUCAGUUGCAGCUGGAAUGAAUGCAAUGGACCUGAGGCGUGGUAUCACCAUGGCAGUCGAUGCUGUGGUGACAAAUUUGAAAAGCAGAGCCCGGAUGAUCAGUACAUCUGAAGAAAUUGCGCAGGUUGGGACGAUUUCAGCUAAUGGGGAGAGAGAAAUUGGUGAGUUAAUUGCAAGGGCUAUGGAGAAAGUUGGCAAAGAUGGAGUAAUUACAAUCUCAGAUGGCAAGACUCUGUAUAAUGAGUUGGAAGUUGUUGAAGGGAUGAAGCUAGACAGGGGCUAUAUAUCUCCUUACUUUAUAACAAACCAGAAGAACCAGAAAUGUGAACUUGAAGAUCCUCUUGUUCUAAUCCAUGAGAAGAAAAUCUCGAGCAUCAAUGCUGUGGUUAAAGUAUUGGAGUUAGCUCUAAAGAGACAAAGACCUCUAUUGAUUGUUGCGGAGGAUGUAGAAAGUGAUGCUCUGGCAACUCUUAUUCUAAAUAAGCUUCGUGCUGGUAUCAAGGUAUGUGCCAUUAAGGCCCCUGGUUUUGGUGAAAAUAGGAAAGCAAAUCUUCAGGAUCUUGCAGUCCUGACGGGAGGUGAACUUAUCACUGAAGAGCUUGGCAUGAAUCUUGAAAAAGUUGAUCUGGAUAUGCUUGGGUCUUGCAAAAAGGUGACAAUUUCCAAGGACGACACUGUUAUUCUUGAUGGAGCUGGCGACAAGAAAGGAAUCGAGGAAAGAUGUGAGCAGAUCAGGUCAGCCGUUGAGAACAGCACUUCAGAUUAUGACAAAGAGAAGUUGCAGGAAAGACUGGCCAAGCUUUCUGGGGGUGUUGCAGUGCUUAAGAUUGGAGGAGCCAGUGAGGCUGAAGUUGGUGAAAAGAAGGAUAGAGUGACCGAUGCCUUAAAUGCAACUAAAGCAGCAGUGGAAGAGGGUAUAGUACCAGGGGGUGGUAUUGCGCUUCUUUAUGCAUCAAAAGAAUUGGACAAGCUUCAAACUGCUAACUUCGAUCAGAAGAUAGGUGUCCAGAUUAUCCAAAAUGCUCUCAAGACACCCGUGCACACAAUAGCAUCCAAUGCAGGAGUUGAGGGUGCUGUUGUUGUCGGCAAGCUCUUGGAACAAGACAACCCUGAUCUUGGGUACGAUGCUGCCAAAGGUGAAUAUGUUGAUAUGGUUAAAGCUGGAAUCAUAGAUCCAUUGAAGGUUAUCAGGACCGCCUUGGUUGAUGCUGCCAGCGUGUCAUCUUUGAUGACAACGACUGAAGCAAUCGUGGCCGAACUCCCAAAGGAUGAAAAGGAAGUUUCCCCAAUGGCUGGUGGUAUGGGUGGCAUGGACUAUUGAGGUAUCGCUUGAGUCGGAUCAUGGACAGUGAGUGGUGCGAAGCCCCAUUUGGUUUUUUCCAAUUGUUCUGUGAAGGCUUUCAUGUAAUCAUAGUGAGAGAUGAGGACGUAGGCAGGAAAAAUUCCGAUUGUUGCAACGAUAUAAUUCUGAAUACAUUACCACCCAAAUAAGACAUUGUUUUAUUUUGAAAUCUCAGUUUAAAAUGAAGAUCUUACGUUUUUAUUCA